ACCGGACCCGCCCUGCCUCGCCACCCGGUUUUCGAGCCCAGCCACCAGGUGCGACGUCCCGCCAGGAGUCUGAGAUGGCUUCAGUGACUGAUAGUAAAACUGGAGUCAAAGAUGCCUCUGACCAGAAUUUUGACUAUAUGUUCAAACUGCUCAUCAUUGGCAACAGCAGCGUCGGCAAAACUUCCUUCCUUUUCCGCUAUGCUGAUGAUACUUUUACCCCGGCCUUUGUCAGCACUGUUGGCAUUGACUUCAAAGUAAAGACAGUCUACCGUCAUGAGAAGCGGGUGAAGCUGCAGAUCUGGGACACAGCUGGACAGGAGCGGUACCGGACCAUUACUACAGCCUAUUACCGCGGAGCCAUGGGCUUCAUUCUGAUGUAUGACAUCACCAAUGAGGAGUCCUUCAAUGCUGUCCAGGACUGGGCUACUCAGAUCAAGACCUACUCCUGGGACAACGCCCAGGUGAUUCUCGUGGGAAAUAAGUGUGACAUGGAGGAAGAAAGGGUUGUUCCCACUGAGAAGGGCCGGCUUCUUGCAGAACAGCUUGGGUUUGACUUCUUUGAAGCCAGUGCCAAGGAGAACAUCAGUGUGAGGCAGGCCUUUGAGCGCCUAGUGGAUGCCAUUUGUGAAAAGAUGUCUGAUUCGCUGGACACAGAUCCUUCCGUGCUGGGUACCUCCAAGAACACGCGUCUCUCUGACACUCCACCGCUGCUACAGCAGAACUGCUCAUGCUAAGCAAAGCCCACCCUUCUAACACCCCUCAUUGUGGCUCCAUGCACAUUUGCUUCUCUCUGAUACAGUGUCCACUCCCACCCCUGAGUAAACUUAAGUUCCAACUGUUCUUUGCCAGCCCCUGGAGUUCCCUAGAGAUGGCCCCAAUUAUGGACAUUCAGCACUAGACUAACAGCACAGGACAUGGCAUGGGUGGAGAAUUCCCUUUGCAAAAGAUAACUGCAUAUUUUGAAGAGGGUUUGAUAUGAAGACUUGGAAAGAGGGUCUCUUUCCUACCUGUGAAAUGAGAUUUCCUCCUUUUACCAAAAUUUGACACACCCUUAUAUCUUGGGGCCUGGCCAAAUGUGUAAGGUGAGGCCCACCUGCAUUGCUAAUCUUAUUAAAGAAUGCUUCUCGCAAAGUA